GAGGAUCAGUUCCUUGUUCCCCCCCCCGGCGCGCAACUCCGACCGACUAGCCGGCGCCGUCUGCACCGUCGGCCUCCGCCGAGCCGCAACGAGCCUGCAGGGCGACCCGCGAAAAUGCGCACGGAUGCGCAGCACACACAGUGGCCGCCGGGAGCGCGCAGGCCCAGAGGCUCAGCAGCUCAGAGCUCCUUCGGCCUGGCUAUCUGUCUUGGAGUGCUGUUUCCUCCGUGUUGGAUGUGCUGGAAGAGUGCUGAACCUCUGGGGGGCGGCGCUGCGCUCACCCCAGGCUAGUCUACAAGUCUUAAAGUCGGCCUGCAAGGACGGAGGAGAGGAAAACCAGAAAUGAGACGGAUGAGGGAGGAGGAGGAUGAGGAGGAAGAGGAGGAGGAGGACCAGGACGAGAAAGAGCCAGUGAGAGGUUCUGGCGCGCGUAUGGCGGCAUCUCUGGCCAUCGCCUGGCAGCCGACGGGAGCAGCGCCCCCUCCCCAGUUCUGGCAUAGGGGAAGCGGGUCCCGAGGGAGAAGAUUCUGGACCUCGGCUGCUGCGCCGGCCAAGAAACUGGGCCAGUUCUCCGACAAGUUGGUCAAGACACGCUGGCCCAGCUCUUCGGGGGGAGGCUUCUUCAUCAGACGCACGACUGCAUCAGUGGCACGCCGCCGUGUGGGGGAGCCACCAGCUCGCAAGACUGCUGACGACACACCAGGCCUUCGGACAAAAACGAAGGGGUGACACACUGAAGGGCUCCCCCUCUCGGAACGCCCUGCCCCAUGCUGGAAAACUCCAUCCUCGCCGUCCGUCGAC